CUUACGUCCCGAAACGGCGCAGCAGGACCCCGGUGUGUCAGAGGGCUGCACCGCUGCCUCACCCCUGUUCCGAAGCUUCACAACCAAACAAUACAACCUGGAAACUUGUCCUGUUUCUUCUUCUUUCCUACAUGGGAAUUUAAGUGUGGUGGGGGGGAACAAAGGAGAGGGACGCUCAGAGCUGAUGGGCCCGGAGAUGAGAUAGCGCUCACUGCCGAGCCCAUCUCUCCAUCCUUCCCCGCGGCCGUGCAGUCGGACGGAGGAACGGUUCUUUAUUCUUUCCGGAUGAUGUAACUUUCGUAUGACACACGGAGCCGCUCACUUGUGCUCAGAGUUUCCUGUGAUCACCGGAGCCCGGAGGUUGUCCGACCAGCAGCCGCAUCCCCUGCCUUCUCCAGCCCCGCGUCAGGGCUCAGCUCAGCGGGACGUUGCGCAGUGAUCAACCGGCUGUUCCUCCGGUGCAGUCAUGUGGCAGAGGAUUCAGAUUUGCUGCGCACUGUUUGCACUGUAUUCAGCGGCACCGCCUGCACACAUCAACCGCCUGGCGUUGUUCCCUGACAAGAGCGCCUGGUGCGAAGCCAAGAACAUCACACAGAUAGUCGGGCACACGGGAUGUCAGCCUCGCUCUAUUCAAAACAGAGCUUGUCUGGGCCAGUGCUUCAGUUACAGUGUCCCCAACACGUUCCCACAGUCGACCGAGUCUCUGGUGCACUGUGACUCCUGCAUGCCUGCUCAGACACAGUGGGAAGUGGUGACUCUGGAGUGCCCUGGCAGUGAGGACUCCCCUCGUGUGGACAAGCUGGUGGAGAGGAUCUUCCACUGCAGCUGCCAGUCCUGCAGUAAGGAGGGCACCCAGGAGGGAGCAGUGAUGCAGCUGUACCCAGACAACGGCCUGGACGCUCCGUCUUUACCCGACACCCUCAGCGGGGCACAGCCUCACCCUCUGCCGCACUCAGACACACACUCUCAUAAGCAUGCUCACCCACACACAGACCAUCACUCACUACCACACUCAUCAGACGGAGGGUAGGUUUGUCGUCUGUCUCACUUCAUCUCUUCCGCCGUCUCUCCUCCACACUGCAUCCUUUGUACCAGUUUGUAGUAUUGUAAAGGCACUUUCAAAAUAAGAUUUCACUUUGUGUUAAAGAAAUGACACACACACGCUCACACAGUCAUACUAUCUGAUUACACACUCUUGUAUAUAAACUCAUGCAAACACACCAGCUUACGCAAUUUUUUUUUGCUGAUUAACACGUGUGCAUUCGUGCAUAAAGACACGACUUUAGUCUGUUCAUCAGUUGUAGACUUAUUACUUUUAAUCUGCUUUGAAUGCAAUAAAUUCUGUUGUUGUGAUAACA